GGGCCGUAAAGCGCUGCCAAUCAUAUAGUUUGGGUUAUCCGUGAGCUCUGAUGGUAACGUGAGCGAAAGGGGGGCUCGUACAGACGUUUACAGAGAAUUAUGGAGCCAUCAACAGACACACAUGACUCUUCUUCCUCAUGGCAUGCGAUUCCUGUGCUCUCACUGGAAGAAGAACAGGAGCUUCAAGAAGCAGAAUUGGGCCCGCCGCUAACAAUGUUUUUUGCUGCUCCCAUUUUGGAUAAAAAAAAAAUUUCCUGCAUCGCUCAGCUCCUUGCUGUUAGUAAACCCCUUCCUGACACCUUACGGCACCUGAAGAGGGUGAGAUCCUGUAGCUCUCAGCUUGAUAUCUUGCUUUGUCCAGCAAACGCUGAUGAGCUAACGGACGUGGGAAAAGAGGAUGGCAGUCCUUCCAUAAAUGGGACGAUAAACCAUUCUGAAGUUACCAAAGCAGGAAACGUGGUGUAUAGCGCCAACGCUGUGAAACCACCAUCACUCGCAGCCAUUUUUAAAGAGGACUUCUUGAAUGUUUUAGGCGAUCCGUUCCUCGUGCAAAUCCCCUCCAGAGCACCAAAAAGUCGAAAAGAGCAGCAGGUUUGGGCAGGUUACUGGCCUAGUACGUUUCAUUCCAAGCAGAGGGGAGCAGAUGCUGAAAAUAGAGAAAUGAUGUCUGAGCAAGAGAAGGAAAGAGUUGGCCGUAACAUGUGCAAAGCCCUGGAAGCUGCACGACAAAGUCAGGCAGCUGGAGGCCGGGGUGUAGGGGCUGUAGUGGUGGAUCAGGCAAGUGGUGAAGUUUUGGCCGUAGCCGCUGACCAGACCGGAAAGAGGGGGGGGAUACUGCUGCAUGCUUGCAUGGUGGCUAUAGACCUGGUAGCUAGGAGGCAAGGUGGAGGAGCAUACAGCCUGCUUGAAGAGUAUGUAGGGGAAACGGAGGUUAAGGAAACAACUCCCAGUGAAAUAAAGGACAAAACCGAAGAAGAGUCAAAGCAAACUUCAAGAAUAAAAACAGGCACUGGAGCAUGUUCUAUGGCAGGAGAAAAACAUAAGCGACCUUCAAGGGAAAAUGAAAUGGGGGAAGAGGGGCCAUACUUGUGCACAGGGUAUGAAAUUUAUGUCACACGGGAACCUUGCAUAAUGUGCUCCAUGGCCCUUCUCCACUCCCGUAUUUCUCGUGUUUACUAUGGUUGCCAGACUCCUGGAGGAGCUUUGGGAUCCCGUUACCGAAUCCACUGCAACCCCGAUUUGAAUCAUCGGUUUUCAGUCUACAGAGGAGUGAUGGAGGACACGUGCCAAAAACUAGGGAAUGGGUGUGACGUUUCAUCCUUGCAUUCCUAGUUAUAAAGAAACCGUGACAUUUUGAAAGAAAAUAACUAAAUGCAGAACUUUGUCAUUGUGCAAAGUAAAUCUUUUUACUUCAUUUUAAGAUUGAGAGGCCUUACUAGACAUAUAAUUAAGUUGUAAGAUGUACAGAAAAUGAUGUUAUUUUACAGCAAUGUUUAUCCUUGUUUUAUAUAUUUGUUUUAACUUGCUUUUAGUCUCAUUAAAUUCAACAUUUUAUAAA